AUGUCCAUGUUUGGCGUACCUCGUCUAUUUGGAUCUGCUGCGCGGAUGCAGCGCUCAUCCUUGUCCAUCCGAGCAUUUUCGUCACACAUGCGUAUGAGAGGCGCACGUGCUUCUGCGCCGAAGGCUGUGCGCCCGCUCACGACGACAGCAUCAUUGGGCUUCUCACUCAUGAGCCUGUUUUCAAUGAAGAAUAUUUCAGAUGUGCUUGGGACAAGUGAAAGCGCAUCAAUUCUGCGCGAGGCUUCACCGGCAGCUAUGACGAAGCAGCCGUACACACUUGUGUUUGUGAGCUCGAGCGAAUGGAGCGUGAGCCGGGACGCGUGGCAGUCGUGGAUUAUGUACUUCCGUGAAGCUGGCUACGAUUGCAUCGACAUGAGGGUAGAAGUGCCAUCUGAACAUGAUGAAGGAAAGUGCAAGGCUGAACUUCUUGCUGAGCAGAUUGCGUCGCAAGUGCGGCUAAGCUCUUUGCAGCGUCAGCCCGUGCUAUUCCUGCGCCAGCUUGCUGAUACUGCUGUGCCUUCGUACCUCGGACAUGGUGGCUUGUUUACAAGUACGCGUGGCCCUAUGUCGGGUCUUGUCAUGCUCCAUCCAAUGUCCAAAGAUGCACUCUCGAAGGGCGACUGGCCAUCAGGGACGCCUGUCUUGCUGAUCCCAUCGUCGGAAGCUGAGGCGAAUAACUGGGAUGACGUAGUCCCAUCGCGGAAUGCGACAGUACUAGCCGACAAGUGGUCCGAGAAGGAGGGUCUUAUCAAGGAAGUAGAGAGCUGGCUCCGAUACGCAGGUCUUUGA